AUGUGUGUAAUUAUUACUAAAGCUAUUGCAUCUUCAAUUGAACUAGAAACUUUUGAUUCUAUAAGUUCUAAUAAAAGAAAUUCUUGUUAUAAUGUAGCUAAUUAUCUCAGUCAAGUAAUGCAAGAAACUCCUCCAUCUUUAGUAGGAUAUUUUGAGUUAAUAAAUGCUUUAGAAAAUCCAGACUAUGCUGAAGAUAUAGAAACCAAAACGAAAAUGGCUCUAGAGGGAAUGGAUAGUAUAAUGCAAGAAAUUCCUACGCAAUUUAUUGGGGUAUUAUUUUAUUCUUGUACAGUGAAGGAUAUAGAUACUCUACUUACUGCAGUAGUACGAAAUGGCUUAUUUCAGGCUACUAGAGAGCUAAUAUCACGAAAAAUAUAUAGUACACAGCAUAUUUUAUAUGCAAGAGAUAAAUACAAGGAUAAUGUUAUUCAUUUAUCUGUUCGUGCAGAGUCUGUAGCAAUGAUAGAUAUUAUAUGGAAGACAAUAGCAAGUGAAAUCCGAUACCUCCUAGAUGAAAAAAAUAGUAUUGGGCAACGACCAAUAGAUCUGUCAGAGGAAUUGCGUUGUACUACUUGCACAACAAGAUUAAAGGAAAUAUAUAGACUAACAUCACAUGCUCAUUUAUCGGCAUUACCCCCCCCUCCCCCUAUUCCUGAUGUUCCUGAACUAGAAGUUUUAAAAGAUGUAAGGCAAAAUGAAUCUCAAAAAUUUAAAGAAAAAAAACUUUAUUAA